AUGGAUGUCGACAUGUCGGCUGGCCAUGAGCCACCACGCCCAUCUUCGUCGUCGCAGCUUCUCCAGUCGCUUUCCGAGUCGCUCUCCAAAACAGACCCGACAGCGCCCAGUAAUGCUUCAUCGGCAUCGGCUGGGCAAACCAGCUUCCGAAGGUUUACCUGCCAUGCACGCAAGGUACAACCCCUCGUCUCCCGGCCCUCCUCCAAAUAUCCAAGACUAACCUUCGACUCCUUCCCAUCGCAGGUUCGAUGUGACGCUGCUAGUCUCGGUGUGCCGUGCACCAACUGCGUCGCGUUCCAGAUAGAAUGUCGCAUCCCUCAGCCAAAGCGAAAGAAAACUCAGAAUGCCGCGGCUGCUGCAGGUACCGCUCAGGCGGGCAAGGAUUCAGACAGGUACCGUUCCAGACCCCUCCCCCCGUCGGCAUCCUGGAUAUCUGGCCGCCUUCCAGCUGUCGGGGAGAUACAAUGGUGGUCAAUUGCUAAUUUCUCUCAAAGCCAAAGUGAUCGAGGGGCCGACUCCAUCGAUGAUAGACCACAGUAUGCCACCUCGUCGAAUUUUCAGCUUCGCAGUGUCCCUCCCGUAUCACACCUCGACCAAACCCCAUUGUCACUGGUCGAACCAGAUGAUCAGGAAAAGAGGGGCGAAGCUGACAACGGAGGGGACGUGAACAUCAUAAUGAAGCCCAAGUUCACCCGUGCGCCUAUUACCGAAGCUGGGAGAGUGGCUCACCUAGGCGAAUCUUCGAACUUGACUCUUCUCGUCCACGACCGACAAGGCUCGUCUGAUGUCGUCCACUACCCACUUCCAGAGAAUGUCAGGGGCUCACGGGCAAGACUGACGGCGCUGGAUAAUGUCGAGAUUGAGAUACUUCAUCAGAGAGGAGCCUUUCUCUUGCCACCUCGAGCGCUUUGUGAUGAACUCAUCGAAGCAUACUUCAAAUGGGUUCACCCCAUCGUUCCUGUCAUCGACCGUUCUCGGUUUAUGCGUCAAUAUCGCGACCCGAAGAACCCUCCAUCACUACUCCUCCUACAGGCCGUGCUUCUGGCUGGCUCCAGGGCUUGCGAUAAUUCUCAGCUGAUGGACGCAAAUGGCUCCACCAACCCUGCUGCUCUGACCUUUUACAAACGAGCCAAAGCCCUUUAUGAUGCCAACUACGAAGAUGACCGUGUAACUAUUGUGCAAUCGUUGCUUCUGAUGGGGUGGUACUGGGAAGGACCAGAGGAUGUCACCAAUAAUGUGUUUUACUGGACUCGGGUGGCAAUCGUCGUUGCCCAGGGUUCUGGCAUGCACAGGAGCGUGGAGCAAUCCCAACUGAGCAAAUCUGAUAAGAGGCUUUGGAAGCGUGUCUGGUGGACGCUCUUCACCCGUGAUCGCUCGGUCUCUGUUGCCCUAGGCCGUCCUAUCAGCAUCAGUCUUGAUGAUUCAGAUGUAGAGAUGUUGACUGAGGAGGACUUUUACGAAGAUGAGCUAGACGGUGGUGGGGAAUUUCCUCCUGACCCUGUUCACAUCCAAUUUUUCCUCCAGUACGUCAAAUUGUGCGAGAUUACCGGCCUCGUCUUGUCACAGCAGUACUCUGUUGCUUCGAAAGGAAGGCACAGGAAUGCAAUCGACUUGACCCAUAGUGAUAUGGCUCUAGCCGACUGGCUCCAGAAUUGCCCCAAGAUUGUAUAUUGGGAGGUCCCGAGACACCAUUUUUGGUCCGCUCUCUUGCAUUCAAACUACUAUACGACGCUCUGCCUUCUUCACCGGGCACAUAUGCCACCCAGCAACUCAAGCCGCUUCCAAGCUGAAUCACCAUAUCCCUCUCGCAACAUUGCGUUCCAGGCUGCAGCAAUGAUUACAUCUAUAGUUGAAAAUCUUGCUGCACACGGGGAGUUGAAAUACUGUCCUGCAUUCAUCGUUUAUAGCCUAUUUUCGGCUCUAAUCAUGCACGUCUAUCAAAUGCGCUCCCCAGUGCCAUCCAUUCAGCAGGUAACCCAGGAUCGCCUGCGCAGUUGUUUGAGUGCAAUGAAGGAUGUAUCCCGGGUAUGGCUUGUUGGCAAAACCAUAUGCACCCUAUUUGAGGCAAUCAUCGGGAACAAAGGAUUGGAGGAGCGGCUACAGAAGGCGGCUGGUAAACGGCAUCGAAACCUUCACCAAAGCCUAUCACAAGAUAUGGGGCUGAAAAAUGCCGAGGCAGCAAAGAGGAAAUACGAUGAGAUGGCAAUUGACUUCACGUCGAAUGCACCCACACCCCAUGAGUCGUAUGAGCGCUCAAGGCCGCAGACACCAAGCUUGAAAAACGAUAACCCACUACCACAGCCGCCUGGGCCCACCCUGAUGACUUCUCCCCACUCACGUCAAGCUCCUGCAGAUGCCUUCAUGGGUGGCACGAAUUCUCGCCCACAUACAAGACCAGCCACACCUUUCAAUCCCUCGUUCUCUGUACCGGCAACUCCACCGGAUCUCUACUUGGUCACGAGGAACUCACCAAAUCUCUCACAGUCGCUCUUAGAAAACUUCCAGCCGGACCAGCUCUUUCCAGAUAGCUCGGCUAUGCCCGCGUUUCCGAAUCUGUCCCCUACCCAGGCGCACCAGAACCUGGGGCACAAUCUCAUGGCACAGAUGCCAACGCCAACCAUGCCAGCCGGUGGAUUACCAAGGCAGGCCGCCAAUGAUUUCCACCAAGCUGCGCAAGGGGCUGGAAUGCUCCCCCCUGGAAUGCAAGGAUUCCAAGCUUCUGCAAACAUGUGGCAGUCACAUGUCGAUGGUGGCGGCCUGAAUGAUGAACAAAGCCCAGAUAGCUGGAGCACGGGGUCUGGUCCUGGACAACCAGUUCCAACAACACUCAACGUAGAAGACUGGUUGGUCCACCUCUCCCAGAAUGCACCCGAAGCUUUCGCCUCGUUUCUCUCCAACUUACCCCUCGCUACAACUGCACUCUGUUACGAACCUGAUUGA